AAAGGGAAACCAUUUACUCUGCAGGCAAGGAAGACACCACCAUGGCUGUAAGGAUGAAGAAUCUACUUGUUCUUCCAUUCCUGCUGCUCAUCAUUAUAUCUUCCACUUUUGCUGCUUUACUGGGUCAAGGCAACGAAGAUGAGAACACCAGGCUUGUUAAGGUAAAUAUUCACUUCCAAAGUUUCACUGAGCAAAAACACACUUUUCUGUGCUAUUGCUUCUUGUUGUUGUGCCAGGACUAAUUAAAAAAGGAGGGAUCUUUGGCGCUCCUAUUUUAUUGAGAGCCAGUGUGGUGUAGUGGUUAAGAGCGAUAGACUCGUAAUCUGGUGAACCGGGUUCGCGGCCUCGCUCCUCCACAUGCAGCUGCUGGGUGACCUUGGGCUAGUCACACUUCUCUGAAGUCUCUCAGCCCCACUCACCUCACAGAGUGUUUGUUGUGGGGGAGGAAGGGAAAGGAGAAUGUCAGCCGCUUUGAGACUCCUUCGGGUAGUGAUAAAGUGGGAUAUCAAAUCCAAACUCUUCUUAUGUUCGAAUCUAGCCCUUCUUCUAAGGCUUUCAGGACAAUAUGCACACGGUUUCCUCUCUGUGCAUGGAAUCAUAGAGCUGGAAUGGGGUCUUGACAGUCAUCUAGACCACCUGCUGCUCAGUCUGGAGUGCCAAAUGCAACAACAGCAUCCCUGACAGAUUGCCACCUUACAUUCCUCCAGUGAUGGGGGCAUUUUACCCUUACAUCCAACCCUCCCCUAAUGCUUAUGAUAGACAUCAGGGAUUUGGGGGGCUUGUCAUUGGUUGUCACCAGCAGAAAGACCACUGGCAGUGAUUCGUCACCUACUUGGGUGGGUCUGCAGCAGCCACAAUAGUAGAGUGCACACACACACACACACACACACACACACACUACACUGCAUCUGACACUCCCAUCAUCGACAUACUACUUGGAAAAGUCAGGUAUUGGUUGAUUCUAAGAGUCAUACCUAUUUAGCUGGCUUGGAUUUUCACUGUGCAUUUAAAAAAUAAAUCUCUGGGCUUAAAAGGUAGGACAAUGUGCCAGUGAUAUCAGGAAAUAUUCUGUUGACUGCAUAAAAGGCCAAGAUUGGGCACCACUCCCAUUCCACAUCUAGAACCUGACUGAAUUGGCUGCUGAAUAUUACUUCCACUCUGUUUAUCUCACAUUUUUAUCUCACAUUGGAAACACAAAGGGUCUAAAAGCAUCUCUCUCCGUCCCUCCCUCCUUCCCUCCCUCCUUUUCUCUGUUUCCCCCUGGCAGUCCUAUUUAAGUAAAUUCUACAGCCCUGAAGGUGAGGCCGUGGCCACAAUCAAUAUGGAUGACGAUGUCGCUGUAACAGAAAAGCUCAAGAAAAUGCAGAAAUUUCACGGGCUACGAGUGACCGGGAAGAUUGAUGCCGAAACAAUAGCAAUGAUGAAAAGGGACAGGUGUGGCGUCCCUGAUGUGGAGCAAUUCACCCUCAACCCAGGGGAGCCCAAAUGGGACAGGAAGAACAUCACAUACAGGUAAAGGUUUGUGAGUUUCCCUUAGGAGUGGGAGGCUUCAAUAAGGAAAUGAUCUAGUCCUCAGUGUGCUUGCUCAGGAGUAAACCCUAUUAAUAAACUUAGGACUUUCUGCCUACUGUUCUAUGCAGAGUUCAGCAUGCCUAAGGUUAUAGAUUUCACUGGGCUCAGCAAGACCUGAUUUUUCAUAGAACCAUUGCACCACAUGUAUUAGGAUGAUAGCCUAUGGCCAUGGUUGUGAGAGCUGUGCAAUGAGGCUUACAUACACACACACACACACACACCCCGCAAAAACAGUGUGAAUGCAUGAAAGUACACACUCACUCACACUACCACUGCAAUUGAGAGCGGAGGGUGUGUGUUAGGGAUGUGCAUGUACCCUCCCUCAGACAGCAAAUCAAGGAGAUUUGGGCUCUGCUGCCUGCAAAUUUCAUCCACUUGUGUGAAAAGCGGGGGAAGGUUACAGCCAUAUUUAGAUGCAUCAUUGCAAUCAGUGGGGACAAAACUCCUUCAGAUUAACAGAUCGAGUUGGGUUCCAAAUAAUGAGUCAAAUCUAAAUGACACAGAGUGGAUUUGAAAAAAGAUUGGGAUGCUUCCAAAGGCUACAGGUAUAGAUACAAGGUGACUCUUGUGUUCACUGCAUAUCCCUAGUAUAUGCAAUUAGCAGACUCAGGUGAUAAAUCUUUUCUUUUUUCUUUAAAGUGUGCACAUUAGGUGCAAAGACAUGCCUGUCUUGGGGCCAGAGUAGAAAGGCAUGUCUUUGCACUUAGUGUGUGUGUGUGUGUGUGUGUGUGUGUGUGUGUGUGUAACCAGACUCCACUCGCUUGACUCAUCCACUGGGCUACUGUUUGUAUUUGCUUUGCUUUCUUUUGAUGUACAAGUCAAAUGAAAAGACAUAUUCAAAUGUGUCUCUACACCAGCCUUCCCCAAUCUGAUGCCCUCCAGAUGUGGCUGGACUCCAAUUCCCAUCAGUACCAGGCAGCAUGAUCAGGGGUGAUGGGAGUUGUAAUCCGAAACCACUGGAUGGCACCUGGUUGGGGAUUGUGGUCUGUCUGUCCAACAUACCGUUUCAUUCUAUGUUCUGGUUGCCUAAGCAGUGCUUCCCAAACUUUGGUCUCCAGCUGUUUUUGGACUACAACUCCCAUCAUCCCUAGCUAGCAGCUGGAGACCCACAUUUGGGAAACACUGGCCUAAAGGAAUGACCUUGGGCCUUUUUUUGUUUGUUUGUUUUGAAAGGAUUGUAAGCUAUACUCCAGAUAUGCACGAAUUCUAUGUGGAGAAGGCAAUCGAGGCAGCAUUUAAAGUUUGGAGCAAGGCAGCACCCUUGGAAUUCAAAAGAGUCACGGAUAAAGUGGCAGAUAUAGAGCUCUCUUUUCAACGUGGAGGUAACCCUACAGUGCAAGAACAAAGUCACCAUAUGUCCAAUUUAAUAACAACAACAACAACAACAACAAUAAUAAUGUAUUGUUUUAUAUUCAGACCACUAUGAUAAUUCUCCUUUCGAUGGGCCUGGUGGGACACUGGCACAUGCCUUUCAGCCAGGGAGCAACAUUGGAGGAGAUGUCCAUUUCGAUGAGGAUGAAACCUGGACCACAGGGGGCCCACAAGGUACCAUUUUACAACACUUCCUUUCUCAGCACUGAACUGUAUAAAAAGACAACGCAGCGCAUAGGUGACGCAAGGAUAUAAGCAACUGGUUUAUGCUAGGUCCCCGAAGGCAGGCAAAGGUGAUUGGCGGAACAGAUGAUAUCCUUCCAGAGCACAGUGUGUCCUCAUUUUGAACUCUUCACUACAUAAAACAUUUCUAUGAAUGAGAGUGUGACCAUUGAGGAGAUUCGGGGAGGCUCUAGCCCAGCCCUUUCCCUCCUAUGCCACUUACCUAUCCCCCAGCAGUGAGAGUCCCAUUGAAAGCAAUGCAACGGGACUUAGCCGCACUAAUUCACAUCCCAAUAGGACUUAAGGCUAAAUUACACACAAUGUUAAAUGCAUUCGUGAAUGUAACGUGCGCAGGACUUGGCUUUCUCUUCUGCCUAAAAACAACCCCCCAGGAGGAUAUCAGGAUUAGCGCUAGGACAUGCUGGAAAUUAAAGUUUCCCACUUGCCCCAUCCCACUCCCGGCAUUCUGAUGAAUAUUUCCUCCCUGUUAACUGCCCUACAAUCGAAUUUUCCUUUGGACCAAACACAAUAUUUUUGAUUUGAUUUAUUAAAUGCAUCUACCGCCCUUCCUCCGAAGAUCAUAGGGCGGUUUGCAGCAGGAGAUUCCCUCUUCUGCCAAAUAGCAGGGGGGUGGGGGUGAUUUUCAUCAGGACUGUGGAGCAGGGAAAGGGUCAAAAAGCAUCUCUAUGCAUCGUGGUCCCAAUCCUGAGCAGUGCCCCCCUCACUGGGGAAGGCAGACAUGUUAAAUGUAGCUUGGCCUUCCUUUCUUCCUUUCUUUCUUCCCUUCCUUCCUUCCUUCCUUCCUUUAUUUUUCUCCAAGGAGCUCAAGGUGCUUUACGUGAAUCUCCCCCUCCUCAUUUACCGGUAAUGCCCAAAGUGACCCUGGAUUGGGGUGAGAGGCAGUGACUGGCCCAAGGACUCCAACUCCCAUCAGCCUAUCAGUGAGCUUCCUGGCCAAGUGGGCAUUUGAACCCUGAUCUCCCAGGUCCUGGUCUGACACCAGCCCAGAGUUUCCCAACCUUGGGUCUCCAGCUGUUUUGGACUACAACUCCCACCAUCCCUAGCUAGCAGGACCAGUGGUCAGAGAUGAUGGGAAUUGUAGUCUGGAAAAAGCUGGAGACCCCAGGGUUGGGAAACACUGCUCUAGCCACUAGACACAGUGGCUGGGUCACAUUCUGCAACCCUGAUAUGCAGAGCCUGUGCUCAUCCUCUGAGCAGCAGUCCCUAGUGAAAGCAGCUCGUUUUAUUUCCAUGCCUGGAGUCUAUAUUCUGACCCUUUUUCUCCCAGUUUCCCCCCUAAUGGAACCAUGACCUCCUUUUCAGGCCACAACUUGUUCAUCGUCGCUGCCCAUGAGAUCGGACAUGCGCUGGGUCUGUCUCACUCCACUGACCAGGGGGCACUGAUGUACCCCACCUACACAUACUCGGACCCCCGCACAUUUCAGCUCAACCAGGACGAUAUUGAUGGCAUCCAAAGCCUCUAUGGUAAGGCUAAGAGAAAUCACCAUAAAGUUGAAACGCGUGUGUUCUUAAACGAAGGAAUUGGUUCUGCCUGCCCGUAUCUUAAGAUGGGAGUGGGGAACAUUUGCCACUCCAAGGACGACAUUUCUUUCUUGGCAACCUUUCUUGGGGGGGCAGCAUGGCACUGGUGGAGCCCCAUCGUUCUGCCCGGACGCUGAGGUCCAGCGCCGAGGGCCUUCUAGUGGUUCCCUCAUUGCGAGAAGCAAAGCUACAGGGAACCAGGCAGAAGGCCUUCUCAGUAGUGGCGCCCACCUUGUGGAACGCCCUCCCAUCAGAUGUCAAAGAGAUAAACAACUACCUGACAUUCAGAAGACAUCUUAAGGCAGCCCUGUUCAGGGAAGUUUUUAAUGCAUGACAUAUUAGUGUAUUUUUGGUCUUUGUGGAAGCCGCCCAGAGGGGCUGGGGAAACCCAGCCAGAUGGGCGGGGUACAAAUAAUAAAUUAUUAUUAUUAUUAUUAUUAUUAUUAUUAUUAUUAUUAAUCACUUGGAGAAGUAGAAUUGGUCCUCUCUAUCUUCUCAUCUAGGCAAGCAUGAGUCCCUGUUGCUCAAAGAGGAUGCGAAGCAAUGUCAGAGGAGGGUCUGGUCUAGGGAGAGAGGAGGUGGCUUGGAAGGGGUGUAGCUUGUGGGGGGAGUCCCAAGCAGGCCCAGAUGGGGGGGGCAUAUGGGCCACUUGGCCCGGGCCUCUGAUUCCAAAGGGGGCCUUGGUCAGCAUAUUCACAAUCGCAAGAGUUUAUAUGCAGAUACGGUUCAAGCCUUGAAAUAAAAUUAUUUGUCAGCAUAACUUUUGUGAAAAUUAUUUAUAUACUUACUUAUUUAUAAGACUUCAUUUAUCCCCAGGGUAAAAAAGGGGGGGCACAUUAUCUACCUGGCCCAGGCCUCUGUCUGGCUCUGCAAGGCCUUGGUCCCAAGAGUGGGCUGGAAGGCUGUGUUUGGCCUUCAGGACUGAGGUUCCCCAUCCCUGUCUUCUGGUCUUCUGGAAAGGCACUGCUGCUCUCCUUUGUGAAAGGGAAGAAUAAUAGAAUCAUAAAAUUGUAGAGUCGGAAGGGAUCCAAGGGUCAUCUAGUCCAACCCUUUGCAAUGCAGGAAUCUCAGGGAAAGCAUCCAUGACAGGUGGCCAUCCAUCUGUUUUGAUGUUGUGCUUCUACAAAAGAGAAGGCCUUUUCCACUCUUGUUUUGGAAUGACUUCUGGCAUGGGGGCACAUUUGCUGCCAACACCUCAAGUUUCUCGGUGCUGCAUGAAGAUUUUUGUAGGCACAUAGGCUUUUGAGUUUUGGAAUUGUGCUCUGUUUUUUUAAAUAGUUUUUUUUGUGAGGGGUUAAAAAAAAACCCUUGAAUUUUGCCAUUUUGGGGGUCAGUGAUGGUUUAAAAUUGGAUCUAUUUGUUGCACGAGUUAAUUUCAUUCACCCUUCCGUAGAUCGCCCCUGGGAUGUUUUGAUGAAGGGUGGUUGAACCUAUUUUAAAUAAAUAAAUAAAGCUGAUGAGUGGACCACAACCUACUGGAAUAUGGAUGCACCUUUCAAGGGAAAUGGAAUGCAAUUCAGAGGUGUUUUGCCAUAGGUCCUCUUCAUUUCAAUAGGGUUUGCAUAGAUUGGGCCCACAUCUGAAUUAUGCCUUGUUGCGUCAAAAUGAGACUUGCUUUGCCAAAAAAAAAUUUACUUACAUUGUAGCAAAAGGCUUUUUUUUUUUAGUUUAACCUUCACUGAAUGCUGCUGCUCUGAACAUCACCUUGCUUGCUUGCUUGUUUGCUUAAUAACUUAACUACUUACUUACUGUAUUUCCAUAUGUUUAAGAUUGCUUAAAUUAUCCACUUGACAUGAGGCUUCCUUUAUUUUUCUUUCCAUUUAGGAAAACCUGAUAUCCCAGUAAAAGGACCCAAAACACCAGAAGCUUGUGCCCCCAGCACCACUUUUGAUGCUGUCACCACCUUACGUGGAGAAAUGUUGUUCUUUAAGGACAGGUAAGUUGCUUUCUUAAAAACACCAAUUUGAACAAAAUUUCCAUCUCCAAACAGGACUUGCAUCUCUAAUGCCUUGCUCCAGCACCCCACUUGUACCAAAGCAUGCGCUCAGACUCUUGGCCCUGCAUUUUGAGGCGAUGUAACAACAAAAUGAGCCAUAAGAAGCCAUAAACAAAUGACAAUAAAAACAGCAACACCACAUACCUAUCGGUUCAAUUGUAUGUGUCAUGAUGGAUCAAUUCAGUGUUAUGUGACUCUCUCUUACACAGACAGACAACAGAUCACUCUAUGGUGGCUUCACCCCACAACUCAUAAAAUCCGGCUAAUAGUCUGGAUUUAUUCCGCCAUUUUGUCACAAAAACAGAAUCAUAGAAUUACGCAAUCAUAAAAUGCAGAGAAAAGCAUCAGACCAAAGUCAGAGCCCUGCACCAUGUAGUUCAGUAUUGUCCACAUUAACUAGCUCUCUGGGGUUUGAGACUGGAGUCUUUCUCUCUGGAGAUGCCACUUACAUGUUUCCAUCGACGUUUUGAAAUUAGGUAUUUCUGGCGCAAACACUUCCAGUCAGGUGUUCAGCUCGAAUUCAUCGGUACCUUCUGGCCGGAUCUGCCAUCUGGAAUACAAGCCGCCUAUGAAAAUUUUGAAACUGAUAACUUCAUUGUGUUUAAAGGUGAGUGGUGAACUUUGAUUUCCUUGCAAAAUUGCUGCAGAGUAAGUACUGAAAUGCAUUUGGUCAGUGUUCCUCAGCCAGCACGGCCUCUUCAGGGUGCUAUGUGAAAGCCUAGGGUAUGUAGGCAGUAUUUAUUUAAUCGGCUGCCUUAUCCUACGUACUGUCUACUUACCCUGAAGUAAGUUCUGUUGGGUUCUGUGGAACUGAACCCCAAGUAAUAUUGCAGCCUGACCAAGUGAAAUUUGCUCAUAUAAUUUGGCCUUCGUGUUCUAAGUUCUGCCACGUUGCUGUCCUUCAGACUUAGCCAAGGCUUAGCAAAGGCUUCACACACUCUCAGCGACAUCGCAGAAUGGAAGCUAGGAAGGCCAUAGUUUUUGUAGUACUAGCUUCUUCCAUCUAUCAAAGCUAGCAUUCCCAAAAACCUUUUCGAACAGUACAAUACUUUUGGGGGGUGAACCAUUGCACAUUCCAGUCAGGAAUGCCCUCCCCAAGCCCAGUGUAAGGCAGGGGGUUGGAAUGUCUUGCUGUUAGGAAAACAUUAUUUAAGAAACAGAUAAAAGUUCCUGGAAGCUUUAAAGAGGGUUCCAGAAUUUUCUUUAGUGUGUAGGAAUGGCGCUCUAGGCUUGAUUGGUGUCAGCCGGAGUUGCAGAUAAAGGGAGGAAGUUGCAGGCUGCAAUUUCCGCACAAGGAAAGCACACACACACACACACACCCACACACCCACACACACAUGCUGUCAGCACACAUUCUGACAACAAGUUUGAAAGUAAGACAAUGUGUGCUGCUGAUACUGUGAGUUUUGCUGUGUCAGGAUUGUUAAUUACCGGAUUGAGAUUAUACCGUGCUGGAGAGAUAAAGAAGGAAUGUAAAUAGCUUGUAUAUACAGGUUACAUACGCUUCAGGUUACAUACGCUUCAGGUUACAGACUCCGCUAACCCAGAAAUAGUACCUCGGGUUAAGAACUUUGCUUCAGGAUGAGAACAGAAAUCGUGCUCCGGCGGCGCGGCAGCAGUGGGAGGCCCCAUUAGCUAAAGUGGUGCUUCAAGUUAAGAACAGUUUCAGGUUAAGAACGGACCUCCGGAACGAAUUAAGUACUUAACCCGAGGUAUCACUGUAAUAGUAACAGAAAAUGCUUGUGACUGUGAAUUUGAGUAUGACUCCUGUUCUUGUCCUCUGUCUCCAGGGAAAACUCUGCUACAAACAGUAAGAAGUGGUUUUACCGAGGUGCCACCACACAAGCAGAAAACGCAGCAGAAGUGUGGGGGCGGUAACCUCUAAUAUUUGCCACAUCUGCUUAGUAGGACAGAAGAGUCCAUGCAAUCUCUCUCACACAGGGAGAAAGCAAUAAUUUAGCACUCGAUCUUCAGAUCACCUUUUAAUUCCAAGCCACUUUGGAUACAAUCACAUGAGCAUAGCCAGCAGUAACCCUAACUCUCUAUCAAACUUUCCUGAAGCAUCUAAUAUAAAACGGUUUCCCUAUAAAAAAAAAUAUUUAAACAAAACUGUUUCCCUUGAAUUACAUGGAAUGUUAACCCCUCUCUUUCUCCCCCAGGAAACAAAUAUUGGGCUCUAAAUGGAUAUACCAUUGAAUCCGGCUACCCUAAGAGCAUCUACCAGCUGGGCUUCCCAAAUACUGUGAAGAGAAUUGAUGCUGCGUUUAGCGAUGAAGAAUCUGGGAAGACAUAUUUCUUUGUAAAUGACAAGUAUUGGAGGUAUGGCUUGACUAUUCUGAAGUUCCAAAUGAGGGAUGGAACAGUCUAUUUUCAGUCUGGUCGAUUUUGCCAGCAUUUAUUCAUAAGUCUGUCCUGUCCCAUUUCCACAUCUAUCUGUGAUUUUUUUAAAAAAAUGCAUAGAUACAAAAAAUACAUUCAACUGCAAGCUAAAAUAUGUAUUUUAUCGCAAAAUGCCUAUUAAAUGCAAAUUUAAAUAAGUAUUUGAUAAUAACACACAUAUUUAUAUAUGGAUUUAAAACAAAUUGUAGGAAUGGGAAUUGCAGUGUACACUUUUCUAACCCCAUUUUGUCCUAAAACAUGCAUUUUUAUGCAUUUUCAUACAUUUUUUGAGCUGAAACUAUUGAAAAAUUUGGAGAAGCGUGAAAUAUGAAGGAUAACAAUAUUCAGAUCUGUAUAUCUGUCCAGGAUGUACAAAUUAGGUUGGGGACUGCUUAAAAAUACAAACGGAAAACUCUCUUUUCCUAAUGCCUCACUCUUAAAGUGUGGCCACUAUAUAUUAAUUUACUUGCAUUUAUAUUUUUUCUUGCUUUCAUUGAGGAAACCCAAGGUUGCAGGUUUGAUCUGUGAGAACAUAUCCUAGUAGUCAGGAGGAACCAACAGAGGCUGCAUACAUGUCAUAUAUUUAAAACACAUGUAAAACACAUGUUGUUUGUUGUUUAGUAGUUUAGUCGUGUCUGACUCUUCAUGACCCCAUGGACCAGAGCAUGCCAGGCACUCCUAUCUUCCACUGCCUCCUGCAGUUUGAUCAAACUCAUGUUUGUGGCUUUCAGAACACUGUCCAACCAUCUCAUCCUCUGUCAUCCCCUUCUCCUUGUGCCCUCAAUCUUUCCCAACAUCAGGGUCUUUUCCAGGGAGUUUUUUCUUCUCAUGAGGUGGCCAAAGUAUUGGAGCCUCAGCUUCAGGAUCUGUCCUUCCAGUGAGCACUCAGGGCUGAUUUCCUUAAGAAUAGAUAGGUUUGAUGGUCUUGCAGUCCAUGGGACUCUCAAGUCUCCUCCAGCACCAUAAUUCAAAAGCAUCAAUUCUUCGGCGAUCAGCCUUCUUUAUGGUCCAGCUCUCACUUCCAUACAUACUACUGGGAAAACCAUAGCUUUAACUAUGCGGACCUUUGUCAGCAAGGUGAUGUUUCUGCUUUUUAAGUUGUUGUCUAGGUUUGUCAUUGCUUUUCUCCCAAGCAGCAGGCAUCUUUUAAUUUUGUGACUGCUGUCACCAUCUGCAGUGAUCAUGGAACCCAAGACAGUAAAAUCUCUCACUGCCUUCAUUUCUUCCCCUUCUAUUUGCCAGGAGGUGAUGGGCCCAGUGGCCAUGAUCUUAGUUUUUUUGAUGUUGAGCUUCAGACCAUAUAUUGCUCUCUCCUCUUUCACCUUCAUUAAAAGGUUCUUUAAUUCCUCCUCACUUUCUGCCAUCAAGGUUGUGUCAUCUGCAUAUCCGAGGUUGUUGAUAUUUCUUCUAGCAAUCUUAAUUCUGCUUUGGGAUUCAUCCAGUCCAGCCUUUCACAUGAUGAAUUCUGCAUAUAAGUUAAAUAAGCAGGGAGACAAUAUACAGCCUUGUCGUACUCCUUUCCCAAUUUUGAACCAAUCAGUUGUUCCAUAUCCAGUUCUAACUAUAGCUUCUUGUCCCACAUAGAGAUUUCUCAGGAGACAGAUGAGGUGAUCAGGCACUCCCAUUUCUUUAAGAACUUGCCAUAGUUUGCUGUGGUCAACACAGUCAAAUGCUUUUGUGUAGUCAAUGAAACAAAAGUAGAUGUUUUUCUGGAACUCUCUAGCUUUCUCCAUAAUCCAGCGCAUGUUUGCAAUUUGGUCUCUGGUUCCUCUGCCCCUUCGAAAUCCAGCUUGCACUUAUGGGAGUUCUCGGUCCACAUACUGCUUAAGCCUGCCUUGUAGAAUUUUAAGCAUAACCUUGCUAGUGUGUGAAAUGAGUGCAAUUGUGCGGUAGUUGGAGCAUUCUUUGGCACUGCCCUUCUUUGGGAUUGGGAUAUAGACUGAUCUUCUCCAAUCCUCUGGCCACUGCUGAAGUUGAUUCCCCCAAAGAAUCCCAGGAACUAUAGUUUGCUAAGGGUGCUGGGAAUCAUAGCCCAUUUUCAUAGUCACGAUGUUUUCCAAUACAUUAUUUUCGUAUGUUGUCCCAUUUUUUUAUGGUUCUUUCCGUCAAUCCAGUUGAUGGCCUUGUUUAUAGAAAUGAGAAAUUUCAUUAGCUUCAUAUUUCCGUGAAUUGUGAAUAAAACCUAUGCUAAAGGUUGUUUUAGCUUCAAGUAACAAUGCUUGUCUUUGAUCAGGUAUGAUGAAAUUAAACAAACCAUGGAAACAGGUUACCCAAGGCUGAUAGCCCAAGAUUUCAAAGGAGUUGGCAAAAAGAUUGAUGCUGCUAUACAGCAAAAUGGUAAGUAAAGGAAUUAAUUGGUGCCUUUUUUUAAUUGUAGAAAUAAAAUUCACCUGGAACUCAGCAUGGCUUAAAGAAUAGUCUAGGAUCUCAUAUAUUGUGUUAUUAAAAUGUAUUAAUUGCUGUGUUGUUUUAAUGGAUUUGUUUUGAUGCAUAUUUUAAAGUUGGUUGAGCUUUUUUGGGUAAAAUCACUGCCGACGUCCAGAUUUUCCCGGACAUUUUUAGUGAUUUCUACUUUGGCAACCUCAUACUUACUCAGCUGCCGAUUCAGGCAUUAAGCACUACAUUAAUUUAAUAACAGCAGGAACCAUUGUAGACAUACCCUAAGACUGGACUUUCUCCAAUUUUACAAUUUUGCCUGAACUUCAAUACAGUCAUGAAAUCAUAACUUUCUUUUUUUUCUUUCCUUUGCAAGCACAGCUCACUUCUUCUGAAAGAGAUUUGUUAUCCCGCUUUUUCAUUUAUCCCUAUCUCUUUUCUCCUUUUUUAGGGUACAUCUAUUUCUUCCGGGGAAGACGGGUGACUCAGUUUGAUCCUCGGAGUAAAAGCGUUGUUCCGCCCAUUCGAAAGAGCAACAGCUGGCUGAACUGUUAAAACACUUAACGAGUGCUUUCUAAUUAAUAAUUAGCACUCCUGUUGUGCCUAACCUUAAUUUAUAAACAGCAAUUCCUCCUUUAUCUACUGUCAACUGAUGAAUCAACAAUGGCACGUGGAAUUAUCUUCUCACCCAAACGUACAGAAAUUUUGGCUGAGGAAAACGUGCCCUAAAUGUGCUUAUGCAAUCCACUGUGUUGUAACAGAUUUGACUCUGCUUCUUCUAUAAAAGACUUGUUAUGAGGAA